GCUGUUGCCAGAGCGCCCGGCGGAGCCGCGUCUCGUCUUUUCCCGUCCCGCCGCGAUGAGCGCGGCCGGGCUGGUGUCCGCUACGCCGCCCGCCCCCGCCCCGCCCGGGGCACCCACCCCCGCCAUGCCCCCCGGCCCCGAGUACUACGAGGAGGAGGAGCUGGAGAGCGCUGAGGAAGAGGACGGCGAGCGGAGCGCUCGGGCCCGAGACUCUGACGAGGAUACUGAGGAUGCUAGCGAGACUGAUCUGGCAAAACAUGAGGAGGAAGACUUUGUAGAAAUGAAAGAGCAGAUGUAUCAGGACAAACUGGCAUCUCUUAAGAGGCAAUUGCAGCAGCUGCAGGAAGGUACUCUUCAGGAAUAUCAGAAAAGAAUGAAAAAGUUGGACCAGCAGUACAAAGAAAGGAUACGAAAUGCUGAGCUGUUCCUCCAGCUGGAAACAGAUCAGGUGGAAAAAAAUUAUGUCAAGGAAAAGAAGGCAGCAGCAAAGGAGUUUGAAGAUAAGAAAAUUGAGCUUAAGGAAAAUUUGAUUGCGGAGUUGGAAGAGAAAAAGAAGAUGAUUGAGAAUGAAAAGUUAACCAUGGAAUUAACAGGAGAUUCUAUGGAAGUGAAGCCUAUCAUGACGAGGAAACUGAGGCGACGACCAAACGAUCCAGUUCCCAUCCCAGACAAGAGGAGGAAACCUGCCCCUGCUCAGCUAAAUUACUUGUUGACGGAUGAGCAAAUAAUGGAGGACCUGAGAACCCUAAAUAAGCUUAAAUCACCCAAGAGACCAGCCUCUCCUUCCUCCCCUGAACACCUCCCAGCUACACCAGCAGAGUCUCCAGCGCAGCGGUUUGAGGCCCGGAUAGAAGAUGGAAAACUCUACUAUGAUAAAAGAUGAUCUGGGUGAGGAAAACCAGUGACAGCACAAAGAUGAGGAUCUACCUGGGACAGCUGCAGCGAGGUGUUUUUGUGAUUCGUCGGCGAUCAGCUGCGUGACUGUAUGCUCUUCCUUGGUCCUUUUUUUUUUCUUGUUUUUUAUUAAAACCAAUAGAGAAACUUCCAAUGGGGAAUGGCAGUCUGUUCACUCUCAUCUUAGAAGCAGAAAACACUGUCAUAACCUCUUAUGAGACAGUUUGUGGCUGGCCACAUUAUCCCCAGUAGUCCUGAAAUCUCGGUGAUACACAAAUACUGCCCUGGACUAUUUCUGGACUUUGCAUCAGGUUGCUGUAUGCUUUUGGUUUUUUUUAAUAUCUAUUUUGGAUGACUAUUUAAGAAGAUUUGCAUCAUACUUUUCUUCAUCGUUGUUUCAUAGUGCACAGAUUGGACUUGUAUGUUGAAAACAGCAUAAUGUUUGUGUUUUGAAUCAGAGUGAUGGAAGAAACUUUACUUGUCAAGACCUGAGGUUGGUUGUUCUUUUUGGCUUUGAUAUCUUGCAAGGCUCGGGAUGUCGGGCAAAAGGAGAGGAAUCCUGCCAACUUUCAGCUACAGCUGAGGAGUGCAUCUGUAAUAUCUGGUAUACAACAUCAGCUUACUGGAUGAACUGCUUAAGGACUUGAGUGCUGAGGCUUUUUUGGGAAGGUCUGAUUAGUUUAGCAAGUGCUGAAAGUCGAGUUGAUUUUAAUAUAGCUAAGCAGUCACACAUGGCUAAUCCAAAGCAUCCAUUUCUCUUCACAUUAAAAAACCUUUCAGUGAACAAGCAAAGAAGCAUGUCUUAUACCCAGAUUCCCUGGAAUAGGCAGAUGAGAAUAAACCAAAGGCUUGGUUAACUGGACUUUGAACAUACAAAGACUACAAGUGUGGUACAGAGUGGGAAGCUGCUUUAGUGAGCUUUUGGCAUACACCUAAAGCCAUCUUUCCCCAAAGCAUCAUACAUACACUUCCCUUUGGAGGGUGUUUUAAUUACUGGAGAUAAUGCUGGAUUUCUACACUUACCCUCCAAAACCACAAGAGGUAAAAUGUUCAAGAAAUGAUAUUAGUCAUAUUAACACCCUUCUGAGGUGCUUAAGGAUCUGACUGGCAUUCCUUCUUCUCAGUCUUCUUGAUGGCUGAAACCACCAAUACCAUGUGUGACUUCAUUGGCAGGAACUACACAGCCCAUUGGCAUCACUGUGAGAUCUUCAGCUUCUGUGCAAGUCAGAAUCUGUGCUCCUUUUGAUUACUGAUCAAAAAGUUGUAAUUUCUGCCUUUCCUUCUCUGUUACUUUGUGAGCUAUCUUUUGUUUUUGCUUUUAGCUGCCUUCUUGUUCAGCAUCAGUCUAGCCUGUUUCAUAUCUGGAUAAAUAGAGUAUUUUAAAGACUGUUCCAAUUUCUUUUACUUGCUGCAGUUGGGUGGCAGUCACAUCCCAGUAACUGAUGUACGUACGUGGAUCUGGAGUGGAGUGUUAUGGCUGAGCUGAUGCGUUGCAUUUUUGGCUGAAGGACCUCACGUAUAUUUGCCGUGCUUAGAAAUUCAGCUACAGCUGCACUUCUGGUGGGGAAAGGAGGACGUUGCUGUUUCCCACCCUUCAAAAUGUGCCAUGUUUGCUGCAGAGAUAGGUGGAACGCAGCAGGCUGUAUUUUGUCAAGUUAACAGCAUACUUAAUAUAACUUAACGUUCUCUGUGUGCGUGACAGGUUUUUAUAUAAGGUGAUCAUGUACUGAACAGGAUUUGUCACUAAGCCUUAAAGUGAUCAUCAUAGUUCUUAUAAUAAAAAGCAUUAAGUAAA